AUGUCCGAACCUUUUGACCAGAAAUUGAAUUUUGGAACUGAAAACGGUUAUUCUGAUACUGAACAGGAAAAACAUUUCAACAGGAACACUGAGGAACUACCAAACAAUGUAGAUAGUUAUGGAUAUACAUCUUAUAGAUGUGAACCCAAACCACUACUGAUGGAUAUUGAAAUUCACGAAAUGGAAUUGAAAGACAAAAUCUACAAAGAUGUCGUCAAAAUAGCGAGACAAUCAAGUUACAUUCUGUUCGAUUUACCAGAAUACAGCUGUCCAAACUGCUACAAGAUAUAUGCAAAGAAAUCGACAUUGGCUAGACACAUCAGCUAUGAGUGUGGAAAACCCCCUAGAUUUGGUUGUUCCAUGUGUUCGUACCGAGGUUUCCAAAAAACCCACGUGGAACGCCAUUUAGCCAAGAGACACGAUUUGCACGUCAAAUACGAAAUCAGGAAACACAUCGUGACUUACGGUCAUCAGACUAAAUGA